GAGUACAAGUGCUUUAAAUAAAUCCAAUAACUCCGAUCUUAUAACCGAACUUAAUUUAACUUAAUUUAAAAUAUGACAUAUGAUCCAAUUUUAAACCAGCUCGAAUUCGUAAUCCACAUGAUAACAACUCUAGGCUCUAGAUAAGAGGUUAGGUUUAAAAUAAUAAAAUCUUAUGAUGCGUGCAGAAUGAGAACUUUCAUUAAAUGGUAAUCAAGUACUGCUACAUGUUUGAGUUAAAGGAAGCAAUAUUUGGCGACUAGAGGAAGAAGAAGCUGGAUUUUGCUUGUAAGUUGUAGUUGUAAGUGCCAUCAAACUUCAUCAAUCAAAAUCCAGAAGACAAGAAAUCAUACAAAAAAUGAGACGAUAACAAUGAUAAACAACAAUCAAUUAGCAGUAAGAGGGAUUUCCCUCUUACGAUCACACCUCAAACAACUACAAGCUUCACUCCUUCAAUCCCAUUACUGCAUAUCGCUCAAAAUCCAAUGCUCACCCUUCACUCACACCCCAUCUUUGUGUAGAAACUCCAUUGAGGAAGACUUGAAUCGGGGUCCGCCCAAACUUUUGGUGGUUCAACCACGUGUUCGACCAAAUGCCCAUUACAAAGCCAAGCUUAAGGAGGCUAUUAACUUGGCUAAUUCUCUGGAUGGACAAAGAGAUGGGUAUUUUUCUACUGAUUUGAGUCAUAAAGAUGCACCACCUCAUCUUGUUGUUCAAAAUCCACUUUCUAGCCCUGGAAAAAGCCGCUCGGAUACAUACUUUGGACCAGGGACAGUGGAAAACAUAAAGUGCCAUAUACACGCCAUCGAAUUGAAGGAUGGUGAAUUGGAUGCUGUAUUUGUCAAUGCUAUACUCUCCGCUAUUCAGCAGAGAAAUCUAGAAAGGGCUUGGGACAAACCUGUUUUAGAUCGUGUGGGGCUUAUUAUAGAGAUAUUCAAUGCUCAUGCUUAUACUAAGGAAGCAAAACUGCAGGCUGAGUUGGCAGCUAUAAUGUAUAAGAAGAGCAGGCUUGUUCGUGUACGGAGUUCUGAUGGGCGUUACACUUUUGGAACAAGAGGUGAAGCUGAAGUUGUGAGUGGUCGAGGACGAGGAAGUGGUGGACGAGGUUUUAUUAGUGGUGCUGGAGAAACUGAGCUGGAGCUUCAACGCCGAAGAAUCUCAGAAAGAAGGAAGCGCCUUCUGGCUGAAAUUGAAGAUGUCCGUAGAACACGUGCAGUACAACGUGCUGGUAGGAGAAAGCAGGGAAUUUUAGAUGCGCCAGGGCUUGCUACUGUUGCUGUUGUUGGGUACACUAAUGCUGGAAAGUCUACACUAGUUAGCACUCUCUCGAACAGUGAUCUGUAUCGAGAUGACAGAUUGUUUGCGACAGUCGACCCAAGAGUAAGAGGCGUGACACUGCCAUCAGGGAUGAAGGUUCUACUUAGCGAUACAGUGGGAUUUAUAUCAGAUUUGCCUGUUCAACUAGUUGAAGCCUUCCAUGCUACCUUGGAAGAAGUUGUUGAAGCAGAUUUACUUGUGCAUGUGCUAGAUUCAAGUGCACCAAACCUGGAGGAGCAACGGCAAGCUGUAUUAGACGUGCUGCAACAAAUUGGUGUUUCAGACAAAAAAAUUCAAGACAUGAUUGAGGUUUGGAACAAGAUUGAUCUUCAAGAAGACACAGACGCUGGAUUGGAAAAUUUCAAUGAUGAAAAUGAUUUCAAGUUAGAAGAGGAUGAAGAUGAAAUCGCGGGUGAACAAGUGCAAGAAGAUACAAUACAGAAACAAAAUGACCACUCGAUUAACUGGCUUAUACCAGAAGUUAGCAAGAAAGAAGAGGGUGAGCAGCUUUCUGCCUCUAUGGUUCCAAUGGAAUUGGAUAAUCAGAAAAGCAAACCAAUCUCAGAUUCUCAUCCCGAAAGUAAAAACAUUCCCGAUGUGAAAACAUCAGCAGUAACAGGGGUAGGAUUGCAGGAGCUGCUUCAGCUCAUUGAUGAGAAGCUGAUGCAGAACGACAAGGUACAGCAGUCGCAGAGAGUGAUGGAGAGAAGUGAAUUUGAUCGUAAAUGGCGGCCUACUAGUCCUGAGAAGAUGGGAAUUGCCAUGGAAUAGUGAAGCGCGUAGUUUUUACCUCAUUUUAGGACACGAUUAGCGUGCAUAGGAAUAAUGUUGUGUGAUGUUGAGCUGCUUUGUUGUAGUGAAAAAUUUGAAUCGAAUACGUCAAUGUAGUCUGCUAUGAAUUGUUCCGGCACACCUGCGACAUGGAGGAGAUCCUAGCCAUCUCUUCCUGGAGAUGGAUCAGCAAUUCUUGAACUCAGACGACUCCAAUCACCUACAAAUAAGAGAAGUUACAGGUUUUUGUUGCAAUAAAAUGCAAAAUUUACCACUUUUUUCUUCCUCAUUUGGGUUGUUUUCUUCUCUAUCUACGGCAAUAAAUCACCAUAUUUCCUAAAAACAAAGAAAAAA